AUGUCUUGGAGGAAAAGGAGGAAUGAAGGUGAUAAUCAAACCACCAAAAAAUCAAAAUGGAACGUCUCAUCCGAUGACCUGAUGGAACGGAAACAGCCAUCGCAAAAAGAACAACAAUCAUCCUCAUCAAACCCAGUAGAAGGAAAAGGAGGACUUAAUGUAGAACUUCAUCCAUUAUUAAGAAACAUUGGAUCUACCCCAAUCAUACCGAAAAAUCAUAAUCCACUUAAACAAAAUAUUCGAAAAUGGUUUGACCCAACAGCAAUAAAUCCAUAUUUAAAUCAAUCAGAUAUAGGAUUAGGCAAUCAACAUAAACCAAAACCAUUAACUUUCAAUCCAAAAGGAAAAUAUAUUGCAGAAGGUGAACAAUUACGGGAGCAACUUAAACAAGAAGCAUUAGAAAGGAAAAGACAUGAAGAAAUAAAAUUAAAAGGAUUAUUGCCAGAUGAGAAUUUAGGUGAACAAUAUUAUAAACCAGAAUUUCCUCCACUGGUUGAAUGGUGGGAUAGACCAUAUCUUCGUGAUACAAAUUAUGAUCAUAUUGGUGAUCCUUCAAGAUUGAUUUUGGAUAACGAAAUUCAACCAAUCACUUCAUAUGUUCAACAUCCAGUAUUAAUUCCUCCAAUAUGGGAAAAAGGUGGUGACCAAAUCUUACCCAUGUAUUUAACCAAACAAGAACAAAAACGAAUGAGAAGAAAUGAAAGACAAAUUAAACAUAAAGAAAAACAAGAUAGAAUCAAACUUGGAUUAGAUCCUCCUCCACCUCCAAAAGUAAAAUUAUCAAACUUAAUGAAUGUUCUUACAAAUGAAGCAAUUAAAGAUCCAACAGCUGUAGAAAAAAGAGUAAAACAAGAAGUUCAACAAAGAUUGGAAACUCAUUUAGCUGAAAAUGAACUGAGAAAAUUAACCAGAGAACAACGACAUGAAAAGAUAUUAAACAAACAUGAAAAAGAUCUUCUGAAAGGUCUAUUCACUACCGUUUAUAAGAUUAACAAUUUAUCCAAUCCAAAACAUAUGUUUAAAAUCGAUAUGAAUGCAAAACAACAUAAUCUAGUUGGAAUUUGUCUUAAGAAUCCCAAGUUUAACUUAGUCAUUG